AUGCCCACGCACCGAAUCACAUCCUUAGGCGAGGGUUGGAGCGAAGGCUGGGCCGAGUCCGACAACGGCCAACGCGAAGCCCUCAAGAACGAGGGCAGAGGCUGCGCCCUCUUCCCGGCGCCUGGCUUCAAGCUCGAGUAUGCGCAGAAUCUUGAAAACAACGACAAGCACGGCGACGGGAGAGAAUGGACGGCCUACUUUCGCAUGGACUGA